AUGGCCCAAUCAAAGGGAUUCAAAGAAAUCCGCCAGGAUUUCAUCAACUUUUUCCAGGACAAGUAUGCCCAUCAGUUUGUCCGAAGCUCAGCGGUUAUUCCGCUGGAUGAUCCGACGCUGCUCUUUGCCAAUGCCGGCAUGAAUCAGUUCAAGCCCAUUUUCCUGGGCACUGUUGACCCCAACAGCGACAUGGCCAAGUGGAAACGCGCCGUCAACUCUCAAAAGUGCAUCCGUGCCGGUGGCAAACACAACGAUUUGGAUGAUGUUGGCAAGGACGUUUACCACCAUACCUUCUUUGAAAUGCUUGGCAACUGGUCAUUUGGCGAUUUCUUUAAAAAGGAAAUUUGCAAGUGGUCUUUUGAACUUCUCACUGGAGUUUACGGCCUGAACAAAGACCGAAUUUACGUCACAUAUUUCGGCGGAAACAAGGCUGCUAAUCUCGACCCAGAUGAAGAGUGUCGUCAAAUUUGGGUGGACGUGGGAAUCGAUCCAGCCAGAAUUUUGCCAUUUGAUAUGAAGGACAACUUUUGGGAGAUGGGUGAAACUGGCCCAUGUGGACCAUGCUCUGAAAUUCACUACGAUCGAAUUGGCGGUCGUGAUGCCUCUGCCUUGGUCAACAUGGACGAUCCUGAUGUGAUUGAAAUCUGGAACCUUGUGUUUAUUCAGUUUAAUCGCGAGAAUGACGGCUCCCUACGACAGCUACCCAGCAAACACGUCGACACUGGAAUGGGCUUUGAGCGACUCGUCUCUGUCAUUCAGGACAAGAACUCCAACUAUGAUACCGACGUCUUUGUGCCGCUUUUUAAUGCUAUCCAGGAAAAGACCGGGGCUCGUUUAUACACCGGAAAAGUUGGCGCUGACGAUACUGAUGGCGUCGAUAUGGCGUACCGGGUUGUCGCCGACCACGCUCGUACACUGACCAUUGCCCUUUCGGACGGUGGCCGCCCAGACAACGUCGGAAGAGGCUAUGUUCUUCGGCGAAUUCUUCGAAGAGCCAUUCGCUUCAUUGAAAAGCUUGGCGGCAAACCAGGCGCUUUGAGCUCUUUGGUGCCCGUCGUUGUGGGCCUUUUGGGUGACACCUUUCCUGAGCUGAACAAGGACCCCGAGCUGGUGAUGGACAUUAUCAACGACGAGGAGCAGCAGUUUCUGAAAACCCUGUCUCGUGGCAAGCGUCUUUUGGAGCGCACCAUUGAAAAGCUGACCGACAGCAAGGUUUUGCCGGGGGAGAUUGCCUGGAAGCUCUACGACACCUAUGGCUUUCCCUUUGACUUGACGCAGCUCAUGUCGGAGGAACAGGGACUGACUGUUGACAUAGAGGGCUACGAAAAGGCCAAAGUGGCCGCCCAGCUACUCUCUCAGGCGAAGAUUAGUCAGCUGAACACUACCGUCGACCUGGACGUGCACGCCAUCUCCGAGCUGCGUGACCAGAAGGUGCCCAUCACGGAUGACUCUGCCAAGUACAACUACAGCUCGCUGAGCGACAAAAAGGACAGCGUCUACCGAUUCGAGAGCUGCCAAGGGACGGUGUUGGCCAUUCGCAAGGACAAGGCAUUUGUGCAGCAGGUCACCGACACUGAGCUGAUUGGUCUGAUUCUCGAUGCGACCAACUUUUACGCCGAACAAGGUGGUCAAGAGCACGACACGGGCUUUAUGAUCAAGGGCGAGUCUGGGGCGGAGGUGGAGUUUCAGGUGCUGCAAGUCAAAGUGUACGGUGGCUACAUUAUGCACAUUGGCCACCUGAUCGGCAAUUCAACGGAAGGAGAUCAAGCGCUAUCCCUCAAGGUGGGCGAUUUGCUGCGACUGGAAAUCAAUCAGGAGCGUCGCAAGUUAAUCAUGAACAACCACACUGGAACGCACGUUCUAAACUAUGCCCUGCGCGCCGUCCUCAAUGAGACUGAUCAGAAGGGAUCGCUUGUUGCCGCUGACAAGCUGCGAUUUGACUUUACUUGCAAGUCUGCCAUGACGAGCGCCCAGAUAAAGAAUGCCGAACAGAUUGCCCGUGAAUUAAUAGACAAGAACGAAGAGGUCUACGCAAAGGACUCGCCGCUGAGUGCUGCCAAAGCGGUCAAGGGGCUGCGAGCGGUGUUUGACGAGACGUACCCUGAUCCAGUGCGAAUCGUCUCCAUUGGCGUUCCAGUGGAAGAUCUGCUCAGUGAUCCGUCAAGUCCUGCUGGCAUGAACACGUCGGUAGAGUUUUGCGGUGGCACUCACCUCAAACGCUGCGGUCACAUUGGCGACUUUGUCAUCACCAGUGAGGAGGCCAUCGCCAAGGGCAUCCGUCGCAUCUUGUGCGUCACCGGACCAGAGGCCUCUCGAUCCAUCAGCAAUCUGGCCAAGCUGGAGAACUCGGUCAAUGAGCUGAAGGUUGUAAUUGAGGCGAACAAGUCGCAGUUUGAUACACUGGCUAAGGAGUUGGUCAAGAAGAUUAUUGAGCUGCAAGAUGAGGUGAAUAAGCAGGACAUUUCCUACUGGAAAAAGGACGAGUUGCGCAGCUCACUGAACAGUCUGAAGAAGCAGAUUGAUGACCACGAGCGUGCCAUCAAGGCCGCCCAGAUAACUGAAGUGGGCAAUGUAGGCAAGCAGUUGGCCACUGAGCAAAUGGGAGCCAAGUUCAUGGUAGAGGUGCUCAAUGCCGGCUGGAAUGCCAAGGCGCUAGACAUUGCGCUGAAGAAUGUCAGGACUGUUAGCCCUUCAACUGCGGCCCUCUUUUUCAGUGUCGACGAGGAGGCGAAGAAGAUCAUCUGCCUCUCAUCAGUUCCCAAGGAAACCAAGGAGAAGGGCCUGAAGGCUAAUGAAUGGAUCAACAACAUAACAGCUCUGAUCAAUGGCAAGGGUGGCGGCAAAGACGAGUCUGCCCAGGCCAUGGGCUCCAACGUGUCCGCUCUUGACGAGGCUGUCAAACUGUCUCGAGAAUUUGCUGCCCUCAAGCUGGGCAACUGA